AUGACUCCGCCCGGCUCGCCCAACAAGCGAGUGCAGCAGAAGGACUUGGCGGUCCUGUGCCUCGCCUUCUUCACCCUCAUGAGUGCCUACAGCUCCAUCCAGAACCUGCAGAGCAGCGUGGUGCCGGGCAAGCUCGGGUACUGGAGCCUGGCCGCCGCCUAUGCCGGCUUCUGCUUCUGCUCGCUACUCGUCUCUUCCACCGCGACCGAGAUCCUCAAGCCCAAGUACACGCUGGUGUUGGGCUCGGCGGCCUACACUGCGCUCCUGGCGGCCAACAUCUACCCGCGAGCCUACACGCUCCUCCCCGCCGCCGCCAUCAACGGGAUCGGCGCCGGGCUCAUCUGGACAGCACAAGGCGCCUACCUGACCAACACGGCCGUGAACUAUGCCAAGGCCAUCGGCCAGCCCGUCCUCUCUGUAAUGGGGCUCUUCAACGGCAUUUUCAUCUGCAAUGUCCAGGUGCCCAACACCGUCAUCCACACACCCACACCCACACUGCGGCGCAUCAGGCGCCUGGGCCGAGUGGCGCUGAUGAGCCAACUCGUGGGAAACCUGCUGGGGAGUCUCAUCCUCCUGUUCGGCGGAGGAGACGCAGCCACGCGAAUCCUGUUCUACACCCUGCUUGCCAUCACCCUGGCCAGCGUGGUGAUGUUUCUGGGCCUGGGCAAAGAGCCGAGCGAAAGGGAGUUGGAGCGAGAGGGUCGCCUCCUUCUCAUCAACGACGAAGAAGGUGGGCAGGACGCCACCAGCGAGCCGUACGGCGGCCUGUCCUUCUACAAGAUCGGCAUCAAGAUCGUUCAGGUGUUUGUCCUGUUGCGCGACCCGAGGAUGUAUCUGCUCGUUCUGUCCAUGAUCUAUGUGGGGCUCGAGCAAGCAUUCACGGCCGCUGAUUUCACGUCAGAUGUGAUCAAGAAGACGAUGGGCAUGGAGUACAUCGGCAUCGUGCUCUGCGCCUUCGGGGGCGUGGGCGCGGUGGCUUCGUUCGUGGUGGGCAAGCUGUCCGACCGGCUGGGCAAGAUGAUCUUUGUGAUCGUGGGCUCUCUGGCGCACGGCACCUUCUUCGCCUUCUUCCUCUUCCUCCAGCUCUUCUCUUCCAUCGAGUGGCUCCACCAGCACUCCUAUGUGCUCUUCAUCAUGUCAGGCAUUCUGGGCCUGGGGGACGCCUGCUGGAACACCUUUGUGUCCGUCAUGAUGUCGAGCUUCUUCACCGACAAGACAGAGCCGGCCUUCUCCAACUUUCGGUUCUGGAUGGCUCUGGGCUUCGUGAUGAACUUCGUCUGGGGCUCCUUCCUGGUCGACCAGUACCACAUCAAGUGCAUCAUCCUGGUCAACGUCAUGGUGUUGGCUACCACCUGCGUGGUCAUCCUCAACUUCCUCGUUUCACCGCUCGACCGAGAUCCGCACGAGGUGACGACACUCGAGGAGAGGCCGACCAUCAUCAUCAGCAACAACAAGAACCACCACCCCCGGCCCAGGGUCAUCCACUUCAAGGAAUAG